AUGGAAGGUUUCCAUCUAUUUCAGUUUGAUGUUGCUGUUAGAACACAUGGAAGCAUCAUUGCAACAGUUUGUAGAGCUACAGAUAAGAAGCCCAUUUUUGUGAUAAUUAAUUUCAUACGUAGCACAAACCCAAAUGUGGACGAAGCCUCAGCAGCUUUAGAAGGCAUUCAAGAAGUUCUUCGCAGAAACUUGAAAAAAAUUCACAUUGAAAGUGAUUCCCAACAAGUAGUAGAUGGUCUAUUGCUAGAAGCCCCAAACUUGGAUUGGGAAAUUGAAAACAUUGCUGCAAACAUGCUACACCUACUGAAAUCCAUGGAAUCUUUGACAGGUUUCGCUAAGGAUUUACAGUCAGCGAAGCUGGAGAAGCACAGAGGAGAACGUUUUAAUAGCCACCAAGAGCCCCACUAUCACCCUCAUAACCACCACUCCGACCACCACAAUCACCACGACCAGCAUUUUAACAAUCCUAACUACCAUCCCAAUCACCAUGACCAGCACUUCAACAACCCCAACUAUCAUCACCACCACCACAAUUACCAACCCGAUUACCGUCACCACCAGCACCCUGACCACAGCUACAACCACCAUCACCACGUGAUCGCUGAACCAAACGAUUUGUUUGUAUCUGGAGGAUUUCCGCCAAAUGGUGGCGCUGGUGGUGUUGGCGUUGGUGACGGUGCGGGAUAUGGUCCUGGUUCUGGUUAUUUUGGACGAAAAAGGUGGCGGCAUCAAUCAGCUCGAGGAGCUUCCCCAGAUCAAGUGGAUGGUGUUGGUCAUGUAAAACUUUAUGUUGUACCAGUUCCGAGAACAGCAACUGAAGCUGAUAUUCGACCUGUCUUUGAAGAACAUGGAAAUGUAGUUGAAGUUGUUAUAUUAAAGGAUAAGAGAACUGGUCAACAGCAAGGAAGUUGUUUUGUGAAGUAUGCAACUGUAGAUGAAGCUGAAGGGGCGAUUAGAGCUUUAAACCAUCAAUAUACUUUUGCUGGGGAGAAUGUUCCUCUCUUAGUCAAAUAUGCUGAUAAGGAACGAGAACGUCUUGGGGUACUGGACAAAUUAUACGUUGGUUGCCUGAACAAAGAUGCUUCGGCAAAAGAAAUUGAGGAGAUAUUUUCCCCCUAUGGUCUUGUUGAAGAUAUCUUCAUCAUGCGAGAUGAAAUGAAGCAAAGUCGUGGAAGUGGAUUCGUUAAAUUUUCUCAUAGGGAUAUGGCAUUGGCAGCAAUAAAAGCAUUAAAUGGAACCUUCAUGAUGAGAGGUUGUGAUCAGCCAUUGAUUGUUCGUUUUGCGGAUCCUAAGAAACCUAGGACUGGAGAACCAAGGGGCAAUCAUGGGUUUGCAAGCGCAAAUUUUACUCCCUUUUCAAAAGAACCAUUUGCUAGGCUAGGACCAAAUGUUGGGGAUGGAGGGUGUAUUUUGCCUAAUGCUUCAUUUCCUAUCCAACCAAAUUCCACAAGUUCAUUACCUCAAGCGGUUCCGCAAAUGAUAAACCAAGAACCAGUCAUGCAGCAACCAUUUCCUUCCCUCCAACAAUCAACUUCAGAGUUGUCUCAGAUGUCUUUACAACAAACGCAAACUCCACAGACAAGUUCACAAUCAUCUCAACUAGCCGUCUCUGACGUGCAGAGGCAGUCCCAUCAAACUGAUAAAGUCGAACAGCAGCUGAGUUUGCAAGUGACUAGUCAGCAGUCUCCACGUACUGGAAGCAAUCCUCCAAUACUUGCUAGCACUUCUAGCUCACCAGCUGUACCUUUAAGUCCCCAGAUAGUGGCUCCUUUAGAGUGUGAUUGGAGUGAACAUACCUGCCCUGAUGGAUACAAGUACUAUUAUAAUUGUGUUACUUAUGAGAGCAGGUGGGAGAAGCCUGGGGAGUAUGCCUCAUAUGAGCUUCAGUUACAGAAGCAGCAAAGCCAGCAAAAUCCUAGCCAUCAGCUUCAGUCCUUGUUGCCAGUUCUUUCUACCGAGCGAGUUGUUCAAACAGAACAGGUGCAGCUUUUGCCACAGUUCAUCAUGAAACUCCUAAAUCCUUCCUUACCACUGACAGUCGACAUUAACUUUUUCUUGUUGGUUGUAGGGGAAAAUGGGCGUUUUGAGCUACCUUUAGGUGAAGGAGAUUAUAUAAGCAUGUUUGUAUAUAAUGUCCAGGUUUCGUGUAGAAAGAACAUUGAGGCUGAUUUGAUGGAAAUAACCGGGAAGGAGCUAGCAUUUGUGGAUGGGCUUAAUGACCUGACAUAG